AUCAGCGUCGCAGCCAUGGAGGAAUACUCGAGAGAACCUUGCCCAUGGCGAAUCAUGGACGAUUGUGGUGGAGCCUUCACAAUGGGUGUGAUUGGUGGAGGACUGUUUCAGGCCAUCAAGGGCUUUAGAAAUGCACCAAGUGGUUUGAGCAGAAGAUUUACAGGCAGUUUGGUAGCUGUGAAACAGAGGGCACCUAUUGUGGGUGGUCAGUUUGCUGUGUGGGGAGGGCUCUUCUCAACCAUCGAUUGCUCCCUGGUGUACAUGCGGAAGAAGGAGGACCCCUGGAAUUCGAUUAUCUCCGGUGCUGCCACUGGGGGGAUUUUGGCUGCCAGAAAUGGUGUUGUACCUAUGGCAGGCAGCGCUGUUAUUGGUGGGGUGCUCUUGGCCAUGAUUGAGGGAGUUGGCAUCAUCCUCACCCGCUUCACCUCGGAACAGUUCAAACCUGUUGCACCGGGAGAAAUGGCAGAUCCUUCAGUUCUCGGACCACCGCAGCCCCUUUCGUUGAAUCAGGACCCUAAUUAUCAGUAAAUUUGUGCUUUGGGGAAAGAACCACCAUCCAUACUAAAGAAAGGAUACUUUACUUAAAUUGGGAACUUUGUGACUUUAGUUUAGAAGGUUCAUCUUGAAUGAUCAUUUACUUUCAGUUUACAACAUUGCUUUGGAAAUGUGGUUGUACUCUUUCAACGCCAUGAAAUUAUAACAUCUUUUCUGUGUAAAGAAGGAUUUCUGCAUAAGUUCUCUUUAGUUCCAUUGCAAAUUCAGAAACUUAUAAUCAAUAAGAAAUGAGAGGAACUGUAUGUGUGAAAGUCACUGUUAAAGUAGGGAACUUACCUUCAUUUAUAGCAGUCCUCAUCUUAAUAACUUCAUAUGAUUUUCUGAGGCAAGAUGAAGGCAGCUAUGAACUUGGAGAAUAACUAUAUAUAUAUAUUUUUUGUUAUAUCCAGUCUUUUUUUUUUUUUUUUUUGAUGAUGAUGAUGUGUCAAGUAUGAAACUUAAGGAACAUUUUGUAAGUUAAUCUUAAAAGUGAAGGAUAGAAUGAUUCUUCAACUUGCUUUUAUGAAAAGCUUUAUCAGAAGAUGCUUUUCCUUCAGGUAGCCUUAAAGCAACUGUAUUAUUUGCUUCUACCUGAGAGUAAAGCUAUAUGAAUAUAUUAUGUACAUAUUGUAUAUUGUCAUAAGAUAUGCAGACAUGUCAGAUAUACUAUAUCUGAGUCUUAAAUACCUCUCAGAUUGUAAUAGUAUGACAAUGUUAAUGCCUUAUUUGGGUGUUACAACUUUAAGUAUGUACUUUUGACUGUAACUGUUGAUUUUCUACAAAAUAAUAAAAUAUCUUUAUUUAAAA